CGGGUGCGCGCCACGCUCUUCCUGCCGCCAGGACCUGGACCUUUCCCCGGGAUCAUUGAUCUCUUUGGUGUUGGAGGGGGCCUGUUGGAAUAUCGAGCCAGCCUUCUGGCUGGCCAUGGCUUUGCCACAAUGGCUCUAGCUUAUUACGGCUUUGAAGAUCUCCCCAAGGAAUUCGACAGCAGAAAUACGGACUACUUUGAAGAAGCCCUGUGCUACAUGCUUCAACAUUCUCAGGUAAAAGGCCCAGGCAUUGGCCUUCUGGGCAUUUCUUUAGGGGCUGAUAUUUGUCUCUCCAUGGCCUCAUUUUUGAAGAACAUCUCAGCUACAGUUUCCAUCAAUGGAUCUGGGUUCAGUGGAAGCAAAGCCAUAUGCUACAAGGAUACUUGCAUCCCACCAUUGGGCCAUGACCUGAGGAGAAUCAAGACACAUUUCUCAGGCCUCCUGGACAUUGUGGAUAUACGGAAUGAUAUUGUAGGAGGGUGUGAAAACCCCAGCAUGAUUCCAAUAGAGAAGGCCCAGGGGCCUAUCCUCUUCAUCGUUGGUCAGGACGACCAUAACUGGAGGAGUGAGUUAUAUGCCCAAAUAGCCUCUGAACGGCUACAGACCCAUGGGAAGGAAAAACCUCAGGUCAUCUCUUACCCUGGCACUGGGCAUUACAUCGAGCCUCCUUACUUUCCCAUGUGCCCAGCUUCCCUGCACAGAUUACUGGAUAAGCCUGUGGUCUGGGGUGGGGAGCCCAGGGCUCAUUCUAAGGCCCAGAUAGAUGCUUGGAAGCAAAUUCUGGCCUUUUUCUGCACACAUCUUGGAGGUACCCAGAAAGGAGCUCCCCCCAAAUUGUAAUGCAUUGGUUUGUUGUUGACAUGAGAGAUACAAGUCCAAGUCUAGUGUUUAAUAAUCAUACGGGAAUAAAUUGUUCCCUGAAUCAUAUCAACUUCAUGUCAUUGGUAUUAAUGUUAUAUUUUAGGUAAUUUUUUUGAAUGUUAUUUUUUCACUAAUUUUACUAAUGUAGCACAUGCCUAUUGUAGAAGAUUCAAUUAAAGAUAUACAACAAAGCCCUAGCCGUUUUGGCUCAGUGGUUCGAUUCUGGUCAAGGGUAUGUACCUCGGUGGCAGGCUCCUCCCCGGUAC